GAUUCCUUUACUGAGAAGGCAGAACAGAACAACGGAAGAUGAAGGUCUGGAUGAUGGGGAUGGGCCUGGCCCUCCUUGGCAUCGUUCAUGUCAUGGCAGAAAAAACUGGAGAACUCGACCAUGAGAGGGUUCUUGGGGUCUGGCACAUUCUUGCCGUGGCUACUGACUGCCAGGAAUUUUGGACGCAUAAGGACGCUAUGAAGAUUGUUGCUACCACUGUGACUAAAACAGAGCAGGGAGAUCUCAAACUGGCAUUCAAUUUCCCAAUGCCCCAAGGGUGCAAGAAAAUAGAGAUGGUCUUCACAAAGGGAGAAGAUGGGAAGCUUGUCCAUGAGGGGGCAUGGGGUUCGAAAACUGUUGAUGAACUAAAGACGGACUAUGACAACUUUGGCAUUGCCACCUACCUAGUCAAAAAGAAUGGCAAGAGCCAGGGGUCCAAGAUGGUGGUGCUUUAUGGUGCAGUCAGGCAGGAUGGCAACUGA